AUAACGAAUGAAAAAGAUAAAAGAAAAGAGGAACAAGAAAUAUACAACGAAAGAUACGAAGGUGCUUAUAUACGGGGCGGGCCUGCCAGUCUCAACUUCGUGGAGUGUACUUUUUAUUCUGUAUUCAAAUACGCAACUAUUCUCAAUUGUUAGUUGUUGCUAUAUAUGAAAACUUGUGAUUUAUUCGAUGCAGAAUAAAAAUUGUUGGAUCGCGUGAUCUUAUUUGUAAUCAAUUAAUAAAUUUGUCAGUGUUGGAGAGUGGUAGUGAAUCAAGAAGACGAGUGUGCACAAAAAAGGAUUAUUAUGGGGCGAAAGUGUCUACUUUUGACGCUGUAUUUGCUGACUAUAUUCGGUUUUCUCGCAGCGAAUGCUUUUUCUAACAAUGAAUCUUGUUCUUUAAGACAAUUUCAAUGUGCAAAUGGUAAAUGUAUACCACUUCCAUGGAUUUGUGAUGGAACGGAUGAUUGCGGAGAUAAAUCCGAUGAAACUAUCAAGAAAUGUGAAGGUCCCCAAAAAUGUUCCGAUACGGAGUUCAAGUGCAUGAACGGCAAAUGCAUACCCGGAACGUGGCAUUGCGAUGGCGACAAUGAUUGUCGAGAUGGUUCGGAUGAAGAUCCAACAGUUUGCAGGAUGAAGAAUUGCACGGCGGAUCAGUUCACGUGUCACUCUGGGAAUGGCGAGUGUGUGGCACUCGCAUGGAUGUGCGACGGCCAUCAAGACUGUUCGGACGGUUCAGACGAGGCUGAGUGUAAUGAUACCUGUCGAUCUGAUGAAUUUACUUGCGCAAACAAGCACUGCAUUCAGAAAACGUGGGUAUGUGACAGUGAUGAUGAUUGUGGCGAUGGCAGCGACGAAAAAGAUUGCAAACCAGUUACCUGUAGUCCAUCGGAAUUCGCCUGUUCAGAUAAUUAUUGUAUAACAUCUCAAUGGAGAUGUGAUGGUGAUUUCGAUUGUCCUGAUAGACGUGACGAAAUUGGAUGCAAGUAUACAAAUGGAGAACGCCAUGUUCAUUGCAAUAAAAAAGGAGAGUUUGAUUGUGGCGAUGAUUUCUCGUGCAUACACGAAAGCUGGGUGUGCGACAGGGAAAAGGAUUGUCCGAAUGGAGCUGAUGAAUUGCCUAAAGUGUGCCACAAUUUUACAUGUAGACCAGAUCAAUUUCAAUGUCAGCAUAUUCGUAAUUGUAUAUCAGGUCAUUUAUAUUGCAACGGUAAAAUAGAAUGUGCAGAUGGUAGCGAUGAGAAAAAUUGCACGACCAAAGCUAUUGGUUGCGAUCCAUCGACACAAUUCGAAUGUAGCGAAGGAUCAUGUAUUUCUCUUUCCAGUGUAUGUAAUAAGAAUCGCGAUUGUAUCGGUUGGGAAGAUGAAAACGAGAAGCUUUGUGGUGUAAAUGAGUGCUUAAAAAAUAACGGCGGAUGUUCGCAAAUUUGCAUCGACUUGCCUAUUGGUUUUCGAUGCGAUUGCAGUGUAGGAUAUAGAUUAAUUGAUAAUCGAACUUGUGAUGAUAUAGAUGAAUGUUUAGAACCAGGUACUUGUUCUCAAUUCUGUUUGAACGAAAAAGGCAGUUUUAAAUGUAGCUGUGCCGCGGGUUAUCUUAAGGAUCCUAGCAAUCAUACACGUUGUAAAGCAGCAGAAGGUCAUGCUAGUCUUCUUUUUACCAGAAGACAUGAUAUAAGAAAAGUAGCAUUGGAUCGUCUGGAGAUGACAAGUAUAGUGAAAGAUACGAAAAUGGCAGCAGCCUUGGAUUUCGUUUUUCGUACGGGUAUGAUUUUUUGGAGCGAUAGUAGUGAAAAAAAAAUCUAUAAAGCUCCAAUAGAUGAAGGAAAUGAGCGUACAGUUGUAAUUGAUGAUGGUUUGACAACAUCAGAUGGAUUAGCUGUUGAUUGGAUAUAUAGUCAUAUUUAUUGGACUGAUUCUAAAAAAAAUACCAUAGAAUUAGCUAAUUUCGAAGGCAAUAUGAGAAAAACUUUGAUUCAAGAUCACAUACAAGAACCAAGAGCAAUAGCUUUAAAUCCAUUGGAAGGUUGGAUGUUUUGGACUGAUUGGAGCGAUGAAGCUCGUAUCGAAAAAGCGGGCAUGGAUGGAUCUCAUCGAACGGUGAUAGUUGAUAAUGAUGUACAGUGGCCUAAUGGAUUGACUUUGGACUUAAUUGGCAAAAAAAUAUAUUGGGUAGAUGCGAAAUUGUAUAUAAUUGGAUCGUGUAAUUAUGAUGGCACAGGUAUACGAACAGUUCUGUAUUCUCCGGAAGUAUUGAGACAUCCCUUUAGUAUUACAACAUUUGAGGAUUAUGUUUAUUGGACUGAUUGGGACAAGGAAGCAAUAUUUAAAGCAAAUAAAUUCACUGGUCAAUCAGUUGAAGCUGUUAUGUCGCUUCGAGCUCUUAAAUAUCCAAUGGUCGUUCAUGUGUAUCAUCCAUAUAGACAGCCAGAUGGAAUGAAUCAAUGUCAGGCGGUAAAUGGCCAUUGUAGUCAUUUAUGCUUACCAGCACCAAGAAUUAAUUCUAAAUCACCUCUUCUUAGUUGUGCUUGUCCGGAUGGUCUAAAAUUAUUAUCUGAUGGUUUAAUGUGCGUGGAAAAAGUAAGUACAACUGUAGCACCUUCAACACAAGAAAUUAAUAAACCAUUCAAGAGACUUGAACCUUUCAACAUUACAACUACGACUAUUCAUUCGAUUCAUUCAAUAGAUGGAGACGAGGAAGAUGAUCUGACAUCUGAAUCAACAGAUCCUGGUUUAGUUGCUGGCAUAGUGAUAGGUGUUACGUCUUUAGGGUUAUUAUUUCUCGCAUUAGUAGCAGUAUUAUGUUAUAGGCAUUAUCUUCAUCGUAAUGUAACGAGUAUGAAUUUUGAUAAUCCUGUGUAUAGAAAAACUACAGAAGAUCAAUUUAGUCUUGAAAAAAAUAGAUUUCCACUCCCUACUGCUACAGUUGGAGAAGAGGCUCAGGAACCUUUAACGAGUCCUGGAACUAAUGAUUACGUUUAAGAAUGAAUUUAUCAAUAAAAUGGGCUUAGCAGGCUAUUGAAAUAUAUCGACCAAAUAACAUAAAAUGAUAUAUUAAAAAAGCAAGAAAAUACAUGUUGAGCAAGCCUGUUCAAUAAUAUGCCUGUAUUUGCCCAUCUGCCUGCCAAUUCAGCUGUGAUUAUGUUUAUUUUUUGUAUUGUCUCUAAUUCUUUAUAAAUUCGUGCAUUUUGUCAUUCAAUUAUCAUUGUAUGUAUGUGCAACAUAUAUUUGCUUCAAGACAUAAAGGGAGAAAUGCUGAGAUAUUAAUUACUAUAAUUGCAAAAUAAGCAUUUAAGCGUCAGUUUUUGGAUAAUUAGAUAAAAUACAAUAAAAUCUUAUUUUUAAUAUUUUCUUUUGGUUUAUUAUAUGCAAUAAUAAAAAAACAAAUAACAUAAUGUUAUUUCUAUGAUCAUGAUCAAUCAUAUGAUCAUGCAACAAUGUUUAAAUUUAUAUAUAUAUGAGAUAGAGAGGAGGAAGAAAGCGAGCGAGCGAGCGAGCGAGCGAGAGAGAGAGAGAGAGAGAGAGAGAGAGAG